GGGGCGCAGCGCCCGACGACCAUCACCACGACGACCAUCACCACGACGACCACCCCGAGAGAAGAUGAUUCAGGCGAUCCUCGUGUUCAACAACCACGGGAAGCCGCGGCUCGUCCGCUUCUACCAGCGCUUCCCAGAGGAGAUACAGCAGCAGAUCGUCCGGGAGACUUUCCACCUGGUCCUCAAGCGAGAUGACAACAUCUGCAACUUCCUGGAGGGCGGAAGUUUGAUCGGCGGCUCUGACUACAAGCUGAUCUACCGUCACUACGCCACGCUAUACUUCGUGUUCUGUGUGGAUUCCUCGGAGAGUGAGCUGGGCAUCUUGGACCUGAUUCAGGUCUUUGUGGAAACCUUGGACAAGUGUUUUGAAAAUGUCUGCGAAUUGGACUUGAUCUUCCACAUGGAUAAGGUUCAUUACAUCCUGCAGGAGGUGGUCAUGGGAGGCAUGGUGCUGGAGACCAACAUGAAUGAGAUUGUGGCGCAGAUCGAAGCUCAGAACAAGCUGGAGAAGUCAGAGGGAGGCCUUUCGGCGGCCCCGGCCCGGGCUGUCUCCGCCGUGAAGAACAUCAACUUGCCCGACAUCCCACGGAACAUCAACAUCGGCGACAUCAACAUCAAAGUGCCCAACCUGUCCCAGUUCGUUUGAGGGCCGAGGAAGCGGCACAGUCGCCGGGCCGCCCGACAUCCCGCCAACCGGCUGAGCCCGGGCCUCUCCAGAGCCCCAGGGGUGGUGAGCUGAGGCCUGGUUCAUCGGUGCUGGGGGUGAACUCAGUGCGGUCAUCUCUCCGCUGGGCGCUCGGCUCCCCAGACUGGUCCUGGCAGCUCUGCCCUUUAGCGUGGCUCUGGUCGCUUCCCAGAACCCCCGGCCUUUCACUCCUGUGGGCAGACUCGUUGGCUGGGAGGCACUAUUUGAGGUAGUACUCAAUUGGGAGGCAGAGCUGAUUCUUCCUCCAGGGCCACCCUCAGCCUCACAUGCAUUCCAUGGUUCUGAUUUAACAUAUAUGAACCGGAGAAUAGGGCCGAAGAGCGGGCCUCUGAUCCAGGCCCAUCCUGGCUGAACAAUGCCCACCUGAGGAGAGGCUAGAGGCUGGGGGAGGCUCAGGGGUCACAGUUUCCAGCUGUCCAGACCCAUAGCCCUGGUGUACCUGGUGGAAAGGAUCCCCCUCUCCCAAUCCUCCUCCCAUCGGGUGUCACCAGAGGGGCCAUGCUGAUGAGCAGCACCUGACCCCACUCUAAGUAAGCACCCCCCUUUCUCUCAUUGCCCAACUAGCAGCCCAGUCAGCCUCUGAAGGGCACCUGGUUUGGGCUCCCCAGAGGCCAAAGGAGAUGCUCUGCAUGGAGCUUGGACAGUCUCUAGUUUCCUGCUCUGAUGUCGUUAUUCUAGGGGCGCUCUGAGGGGCUGCCGGAAAGAGCAUCUCUUCUCCCUGGCAGCCCGUUGGCUUCCUGGCCCUCUUCCCUGGCCCCUACCGGUUCCUCCGUCACGAGGCUCCCCACCUCCAAAAUGGCUCUGGAGCACCCAAGGCUGGGAAAACAGAGAGGGCCGGGGUGCUUCUGACCAGCAGGGUUGGGGAGACAGGGGUGGGGGGUGGCAAACCUAAGCCCCUGCUUCAUCAGUUCCAGUGUGAAACAUCCUCCCUGCCAGCCCCCCACCUGCCAGGGGCUUCCCGUAUAUGCACACCCCAUUUCCCCUAGCUUCUGGAAACCAGGAAUAGUUCCUGUCUGAUCUGUCGUCUCUAGGCUCUGUCCCCUGCCGAAUCGGGCCACAUUGCUGUUCUACCAAUUCCUGCUUAACUAAAUGUCUCCCAGGGCCUGGACUGAGGCAGUGAGCAGCCACUGGUAAUCGGUGUGGGUUCUGUAGAUACCCUCCAGUGGUUCCAAUAAAAGCUCGCCAGUCUGACCAGGAACUCCAUUGUCCCCUUUGUCCUGCCUGGGUGUGCCGGCUCCCUCCCUGGGCCGGAACUUGCGGGGAUCUUUCCCAAGGUUGAAUUGGAGGGGAAAAGGUGCUCAGAAAGAUUUGGCCUCUACAAGGCACCGGAUGAAGACGAGAAGGCUGUUAUUCUGUCUAGAUUGAAUAAAUUGAGAAACCACUAUCACAGGCAGCAGAACAAGCGUCUGCAAUCUCCUGCCACGAUUUCUAGUCACACCACAACAGCUCAUGUAGUUGUUUUUAUUUUUUUAAUGGUAUUUGUGAAGAGCUUACAUGUACCAGCCACUGUACUGAGCACUGGUGUAGAUACAAGCUAAACAGGUUGGACACAGUCCUUGUCCCACAUAGGGUUCACGGUUUCCAUCCCCACUUUACAGAUAAGGGAACUGAGGCACAGAGAAGUUAAGUGACUUGUCUGAGAUCACAUAGUGACAGGUGGCAGAACCGGAGUUAGAACCCAGGCCUACAUUCUAUCCACAAGGCCACGCUGCUUCUCCGGGUAUACUGUAUAUUGUUGUGCUGUUCUGCCUUGAAUUACUCUUAACAAAGAUUAAUCAAUAGUUUGGGGUUACUUAAUGGCACGGUGUAAAGCACAUAAAGGAACUGCAUGCUAUUUUUCCAUAGAGUUGGAACCGUUCCCAAUUUGUAACGUGUAAGUCUACGGGAAGCAGUACCCCAACGUUCAGCCACUCACAGCCCCUCCACAUUUUCAAGGACAUCAAAACUGUAUUGGGUUUGCCUGAACAGCAGUCCUGUGUACUAGAAGAUGCUACCAACUGUGAAGAAUUUGUAGGUGGGUGUCUGACAGAAAAGGCCAAUGUCAAAGACUUUGAAGGUCCCCGGCUGCUAGAAGAGACUUGUUCCCAUUACCCAGAGUUGGGAGAUAGGCCACAGAAGCAGUGUAGCGUAGCGGAAAAAGCGUGGACCUGGGAGUUAGAAAACUUGGGUUCCGAUCCCAGCUCUGCCACUUGUCUGCUGUUGGACCUUGGGUAAGUCAUUUAACUUCUUGUGCUUCGAUUACCUCACGUAAAAUGGGGAUUCAAUCCUCCUCCCUCCAACUUAAACUGUGAGCCCCAUGCGGCAAAGGAACUGGGUCCAACCUAAAUAACUUGUGCUUAGAAUAGUGUUUUAUACAUAGUAAGCACUUAACAAAUACCAUAAAGAAUAAAAAGAAGCUAGAAGCUUCUAGAGCAAGUCACAGACCAGAACCAAGAUCUAGGCCCUCAGUUCACACUUAAAAAUGUUCCAUGCCCGUGGCUUCCUGCAGCCCAUAACUGUUUGACUGUGUGACAGUUCUGCCCCUUGUUUGGUGGUGUUGCUUCAUACGGUAGGUAAUGUGUCUGUUAUAUUGUACUCUCCCAAGUGCUUACUACAGUGCUCUGUACACAAUAAGUCCUCAAUAAAUACGACUGACUGACUGGUA